CCCAGUUCUUAGCUGGACCUUGGCACGUGUUGUACAGCCAGAGCGUGGAGCAGCGAACCUCCUCAUGAUGUCUCGCACUGGAGCUGUUGACCCACAGCCUGCUGCAGACGCUGCAUGGAGAGAGGCACAUCGCUGAGGUGGGGGAAAAAGAGCUGAACUAAAGUCUGCACAGGGGCCACGUUCAUUCAGCCUUUGUUGCUGUUGAUGCACGGCUGAUUUUGAAACCCGAGGAAGGAGAACCGGUGGGAUGAGAGCUGACUUGCACUGACGUCUGCCCAGUUUGAUGGCUUUAAUGCUUGGGAAGGAAAACGAGGAUGGUUGACUCUCCUGAAACAAAAUAAAACGUAAUUGCGAAGAUAUUAUCAUCCUCCAUCCAUAUCACUGAAUGGAGAGGGGCCUUAUGGAUUCUCAAGGCAAUCAGGCUUGCUCAACAAAUAUGAUGGAUUACAGCGCCGUCAGUGGAAGGAGAUUUUCCUCUGAACUUGAAUCGCAUCGCGACUCUGAAAUGGCUGAGCCAUUUAAUUUACCAAGUGUCCCCUUUAAGCGCGCCGCCCUCACCCCACAGGGAGACAGACGCUUUCCUGCAUCACCCGACUCCGACGGUACGUCCAGCCAGAGUGAAAGAGAAGCCAGAGGCUCGCCUUACAUCAACACAGACCACGGCCUAAAUGAACAAUCCUCCGUGGGUAGCAGCCACACUUCUGCUGCACAGCAGGAUCUUGUCACUGUUCUAACUUCAGACAUGAAUGCAGCUUUUAUCGUAACACCUGUAAAUGGAAGUCAGAAGUCCUGGAACAAAAGCGUGAGCUGCGCUCAUAAUAGACAAACUGGAUCUGAGACGUUUAAGAGAUUUCUCAAGCGCAAAGAAGACGAUGGUAGAAAUGAAAUGGUCUCUUCAGAAUCGGCCGGACGAGAAGGCGAGCUGAGCUCAAGUGACCUGUCCUGUAGAGGAUCCAGUGGGAAUGAAUGCAUCUCCGUAAGCUCCGGAGAAAUGGUGAUAAGAAGUCACAGUUUUUGUCUGGAGGAACAAUCCCUCACAGCCCUCUCCUCGCUGGAGGAUUCCAGCAUUUCUCCUGCCGCAAGCUGCGUGCCCUCAGAAUCCAACCUGUUGUCAGCAACUCUGCCGGACGUCUGCAAAACCUCCACAGAGAGGAGGACCAAGCAGAGCAUGGGCCAUCGUAGUCUGGGUGAGACUUUCACUCUGGAAAAAAGCACGGAGAAGCUCGCUGAGGAAGAUGACGCUGCAGCACUCAGCCCUCUGGUUCCACUGCCAAGUGAAAGUGAAGGAGGUCUUUUCAUGACCUUUAUCUGCGAGUCGCCUACGGAUCAGACGCAACAGGCCGAGUGUUGUGGUGCCGAAGCAGAGCCUCGGGGUUCAGAAGGGCUUACCCCAGAACUCGGCAAAACCUUCAUGUCCACUAUUUCAGAAAUGCUGGACAGCGAUGAUGACGUUCAUACGUCCACUCCAGUGCAAAGCGCCGGGAGCAACAUGCCGAAGCUCUCCUACGUCUCUCCUUGCAUUGAAAACGCUAACAAUCCAGGUCUCCAGCUGGCGAAAAAGCAGCAAACAUCUGCCUCUUCUAAAGGCCGUCCCGUCGCAGGUGUUACACCUUCACUGUGCAAAGUCAAGAAAGCAGAUUCACAGAAGGCUCCCAAAUCGGACGUCGGUACUGCGAGAGCUAAAGUCUUAACUAGAAUGUCGCAGCAAGCAGCCACGCCAGGCGCUGCUAAACCACAGAAGCCCCCGCAGGUUAAUAAAAGCGCUUUUAGGACCACUCCUGCAAGGGUUAUGAGCAGAAAUCCGGGUGUUUGUGCUAUCUCUAAACCAUCUGUUCCUAACGGACAGGCUAACGAAAGAGCUGCUCCUCCAGGAGUCACUGUGAAACAGCUAAGUGGGCCGGAUGCAGCGUCUUCACACGACCCCCGCCCAGCUGUCAAAGAGCACGCUCCAACGGUCCAGAGCAGCAAAAGCAGCUUCCGCGGGACGCAAGCAUCCGUCGGCCAAGUGUCAGAGGCAUCGGCACAACACGCUGCCAGCCUGAGCUGUGCUUCACGUGCGGAGAAAUCCCCCGCCAGAAGUGGCCGAGUGGAUCCCAAACCCACACCCAGGAGGGAUGUCCCGAGCAAAACCGGCUUCAGUUCAGGCUCAGCUUCAGGCCAAGACAGGCCUAAUGUCAGCAGGACGCGUUCUCGCUGUUUCUCUGAGAGCACGUCAAUAUCUAGGCCACCCAAGGAGAAGAAAGCAGGUCAGUGGGUCACAGCGAGUUUCACCGCUCCUCGAGAUGAUGGCGUCAGGAGUUCAGCCAGAGCAGGCUCUUCUCAACAUAAACACGUCGAAGAGGCGAGCAGUCCUGCUGACUCCUCAAGAGGAGCAAAGAAGAUCAGUCUGGUGGCAGAGCCCAGCAGAUCGACCACAGCAGGAGCCGCACUGAACAACAGUAAAGGUAGAGCUGAAGGCCAGGCCUCGCCCAGACCAGGGAGAGGAGCAGCGCUGACCCAGCCUCCAGCGGCCAGACCAAGCCUUCUGCCAGGCAGGCAGAUACAGGGAGCGCUGCAAAGGGCUGUCAGCAGGAUCUCAAGAACUGUUGGCAAUGCCCAAAGGAAUAUAAAGAGUGAAGUUGCAUCACCAGGCAGUCACAGAGCCCAGGCCACAGAGGAACCAUCCGUAGGCAUGAAGCUUCAGCAAAAUGCAUCCAAGGCUCCUCAAACUCCCAGUCGCCCCUCUCUUAUGGGCCCGCCCUUAACUCCUGCUGUUAAACUACCAAGGAAGUUCCCGGGUCUGUGUCAGGACUCUAAGGGUGCAUCAGGAUCACCAUGUUUUCAUCUGGACCAGCAGGUCUCUGGCGGAGCGCUACAGAAGCCAACGGUGCUUAAAUCCUUUGUCCUGAAAGCAAGACUCCUUUCAACCUCGGCAAAAAACAGCGGAUCAGCUGUGACUACAGCAUGCAGGUCUGCAGCUUCCACAAGCAACGGAUCUUCAGCUUCUGCUGUCAGUCCGCUAAAGAAGACUAAUUACGGAAAACCUGUUGCCCAAACGCCUGCUGUGGACAGGAGCAAACCCAAGACCAGCUCUAGGCAACCUCAGCAGCAAUACCCCCACCCAGCGAAGGGUGCUGGGUCUCAGACUGUGGCACAGGGUAGUGUCCUACAGGAUGAGAGGAGAGACCAGAACAUCCAGCAGCUCAAAGAGCUCCUCACAGCCAGCAACCGCAGGUUUCAGGCACUCGCCGUCGUUUUGCAGCAAACUUUGGCAGAGCGUGAUGAAGCCACCAGGCAGUGUGGAAAGCUGUCUGAGGAACUGGUCAGCCUUAAAGGAGAGCUGGCUUGUUCUGUCCACUCGUCUGAGUGCCUGCAAAGGGAAAAGGAAGAAUUACGCGCUGCUCUGCAGGAUGCAACGCGGACACUGCAGGAAGAGCACCAGAAGGAGCUGGCUGAGCUGGAGCAGAGGCUGCAGGCUGUCUACAAGGCUGAAUGCGACAGCGUUCUCCUCUCCUAUAAGGAGGAGGCCAAAAAGUACAAGACUGUCAUGCAGCAGCAGAUGGAAGACCUGAAAGCAGAUCAUGAGGCCUUGAAGCUGCAACUAGAGAGCAGCCAUGCAGAAGAGCUGCAGUCUGUUAGACAGCAGUAUGAGAUGUCUAUGGAAGAACUCAGGAAAGUCCACACUCAGGAGAUGCUGUCUUUUGAGCAGGCCCUAAAAGAUGCAGAAGCUGCAGUUUCUGCACAGAUUCAGGAGCUGACUGUAGAGAAUAAUGUCCUGUUAGAGAAACUAGCGGCAGAGGAGAGCAGGAGGAGAGAACUGGGUGAAAACACUCAGAAGGACUCUCACACUCUGUAUCUGGAGAAGGAGCUGGAGAGUCUCAAAGUAGUGCUGGAUCUGAAAAACAAACAGCUUCACCAGCAGGAGAAGAAACUGCUGGAGAUUGGCAAACUGACGGAGAGAAAUGUGAAGUUGGAUGAAUUCCUCAUAAAGGUCCAGCAAGAGAAUGAGGACCUGAAAGCCCGAAUGGAAAGGCACGCCGCGCUGUCGAGGCAGCUGUCCACGGAGCAGGCCGUGCUGCAGGAGUCCCUCCAGAAGGAGUCCAAGGUCAACAAGCGGCUGUCUAUGGAGAACGAGGAGCUGCUCUGGAAGCUCCAUAACGGAGACCUGAGUAGCCCCCGCAGGGUGUCCCCUGGCCCUACCUCACCCUCCCACCCCUUCAAGCUGCAGUCCCCCCGCAGCUCCGUCGUCUUCUCCAGCCCACCCGUCUCCCCCAGAUAACAGAGGGCCGCUGCUUCCAGGAAGCAAAGCUUAUAGUUUAGCAGUGGUUGGAUCCUGUUCCUGUUACACUUUGAACUGGCUCCUCCAGGACUGACACUGUAAUUUAAAAAAAGUUGUUGCACAGAAGCACUUAAUGCCACCUUGUUCUUUGCCUUUGGCGGCUGAUCUGACGGACGGAGGGGAGAGAAUCUCAGGUCGUCCAUGUAUUGACUUGCUCUUUUUGUUGUUUGACGUCGCCGGAGGCUCGUCUUCCCUGAAGCUCAGCACAAGCUCGCACACGGUACAUGCAUGUGUACACACAUGCAGAUCUAGCCUUGCAGUGUUAAAGAGGCCUUCUUGUGGUUCUGGGCUCCACCGCCAUGGAAAGUCUGAUUCCAGGAUAGUGUUAGGGUGUUUAUAGUUAUCCAGAAUAUCUCCGGAAUCUGGGAUUGUUUUGUUUGGACUCCUUUUCUCACAAGGGUAGCAGUCAGUCUUUAGUUUCAUACGCCGGCCUUCCACGCCUAAUUCCUUGAGGUUAUUUCGGUUUAACCUCCAUUUUAAAGAGCCAAUGGUCCUUAAUAUUUGUGCUUUGAUUGACCAGGGGACCAAUCCAAGUCUUUGUUCAUCCGUUUGAGUCUUGUCUGUCACCUCCUAACGGAAGAUUCCUCAUACAGCUUUAAAGUCAGGCUCCUGUUUUUGUGUUUACAGAAACAGCUUUGCUUGUACUCAUCAGGGAGCGCAGAUGUUUGAAAGGUCUGAAUAUUUUGUGUGGCAAUUUCACAGAUGUGUUGACCCUGUUUUGAAAUAUGCAAUUAAUAAAGUCUUGUAUUAAACUUG